CCGAACCGGCAAACUGUCAAACAAAUUAUUGACAGCGUCUAGUAAAAAAAACGCGUAUGCUAUUCCUCUAUUAAUUCGUGUGAAAUUAUAAAAAGUAACCAUAUAAUAACCACGUUAGUUAAUAAAUAGUUAUAUUAACAUAUUGUAUAAAUAAAACAGGUAGCAAUGAAUCGUAGACGACCUCACGAUGGCGAUGAAGAAGGCUAUGAUCAUCGUAAUCGCAAACGUAGACGCGUUUCUGAAAACCAGGAAAUUGAAGAUAGGUUGGAGUCGCUGAUUUUGCGUGUUGGUGAACGCAGCACAUCUUCAGUAGAAUCCAACUUAGAAGGAUUAGUUUCAGUGUUGGAGGCAGAUCUGGGAACUUUCCGAUUAAAAAUAUUGCGAAUCCUAUCAGAUUGUGCCGUUAAAAUGCCAGAAAAAUGCACUAUCUACACGACAUUGGUUGGUUUAUUAAACGCGAAAAAUUAUAAAUUCGGUGGCGAAUUUGUAGACCAUAUGGUGAAAACCUUUAAGGAGGCAUUGAAAAUGUGCUGGUGGGAUGCCGCACGUUAUUCGUUACGUUUUUUGGCUGAUUUAGUAAACUGUCAUGUCAUCUCUGCCACUAGCCUCUUACAACUUCUGGAUACCAUGAUUGAUGUUUCAAACGAAGAUACAGUACCACAAGUUCGUCGCGACUGGUUCGUUUUCGCAGUGCUCUCCACCCUGCCAUGGGUUGGACGUGAUUUAUAUGAGAAAAAAGAGUCGUCAUUAGAAUCUUUGCUAUUACGCAUUGAAGUAUAUUUGAAUAAACGUUCUAAGAAGCACCACAAUGCAUUGCGUGUGUGGUCUGUAGAUGCACCACAUCCACAGGAAGAAUAUUUGGAUUGUCUAUGGGCGCAAAUACGUAAAUUACGCCAGGAUAAUUGGGCUGAAAAACACAUUCCACGUCCAUACUUGGCCUUUGACUCGAUUUUAUGUGAAGCACUACAACAUAAUUUACCACCUAUAGUGCCUCCACCGCAUCAUGAAUCAUAUGAAUAUCCCAUGCCGUGGGUAGUUUAUCGCAUGUUCGAUUACACUGAUUGCCCUGAUGGCCCAAAUUUACCAGGAGCACAUUCAAUUGAACGUUUCUUGAUUGAAGAACACCUUCAUCAUAUUAUUGAGACACAUAAAUUAGAACGAAAGGAUUGUGCAGCGCAACUUCUGGCGUUCCCCUACAAGAACAAAAUACCACUUGAAUACUGCAUUGUUGAGGUUGUAUUUGCGGAAAUCUUCCAUAUGCCUACACCACGUUAUCUGGAAAUUGUUUAUGGUUCAAUUUUAAUUGAGUUGUGCAAAUUGCAACCAGCAACACUGCCACAAGUGCUAGCACAGGCCACUGAAAUUCUAUUCAUGCGUAUAGACUCAAUGAAUACAUCAUGCUUUGACCGUUUCGUUAAUUGGUUUUCUUACCAUUUGAGUAACUUCAAAUUCACUUGGUCGUGGGAGGAGUGGGAUAGUUGUUUGUUAUUAGAUCCAGAACAUCCACGUCCAAAAUUUAUACAAGAAGUUUUGCACAAAUGUCUAAGAUUAUCGUAUCAUCAACGCAUCACCGAAAUGAUGCCCGAAGCAUAUGCUAAGCUUAUACCAGUUCCACCGCAACCCAACUAUAAAUAUGCUUCCGAAGAUGCAGCGUCGUUGGCCGGCACUCAAGUGGCACAUCAGUUGGUGGUGGCAAUACGACAGAAAUGCACACCCGAGGAAGUCAUCAAUAUACUGAAGGAGUUGCCAAACUCCGGUGAAAAUGCCGAUCAGGAAAUGUCGGAGACAUCAUUCAACCCACUUAAAAUUGACGUGUUCGUGCAGACACUGCUGAAUUUGGGUGCCAAAUCGUUCUCGCACAGUUUUGCUGCAAUAUCGAAAUUCCAUUUGGUUUUUAAGGCGCUCGCAGAAUCCGAGGAGGCACAAAUUUGCAUACUCCACAAUGUCUAUGAGUUGUGGCAGAAUCACCAACAAAUGAUGGUAGUAAUAAUCGACAAAUUGUUGAAAUUGCAAAUUGUAGAUUGCUCAGCUGUUGCUACAUGGAUAUUCUCGAAGGAAAUGACCGGCGAGUUUACCAAAAUGUACUUGUGGGAAAUCCUCCACUUAACCAUUAAGAAAAUGAAUAAACAUGUCAUCAAAUUGAGCAGUGAAUUGACUGACGCUAAGGAGAAGCUAGCAAAAGUGGAUUCCUCUUCUAGCGAAUCGGAGGACGAAGCAACGCCAAAGCGCAAAAAACCCAUCAAUCACGUUGAUAAACCAUCUGAAGAGAUGGUCGAGCGUAUGGAAGAGAAAUUGGAGGCAGCCAAUGUGGAUCAAAAACGUCUUUUCUUGAUCGUUUUCCAACGUUUCAUUAUGAUAUUGUCCGAACAUUUGGUCCGUUCUGACACGGACGGACGCGAUCCGGACACCGAUUGGUAUCGUUGGACCAUUGGUCGCCUGCAGCAAGUAUUUCUAAUGCACCACGAACAAGUGCAAAAGUAUAGUAGUACACUUGAGACGCUGCUUUUCACCUCGGACUUGGACUCACACAUAUUGGAAGUGUUCCAUCAGUUUGUAGCUUUAAGAGCUUAAAGCAAUCACCGUUAUUUAUGAUUAAAACUUUUUUAUUUGGUCCAUUUAAUAAGUAUGCUUGUUAUGUUUAUUCGCCAGCCGUAUUCAAAGUGAACGAGUAAACUCUCAAAUAAAAUAAUUGUAAUGGGCAAUAUUUUUCGCAAAACUAUCUAAUAUCUUAUCUCUAAUAUGACAUGGAUGUAUUUGUGAAAAAUGUUUAACGUACUGACUUACUUUACCAACAUUUAGUUAGAAUAUAUUUGAAAUUCAAGUAGUAAUCGCAGGUUGAAUGUUUCACUGAUGUAAACUUUUCUAGAAUUGUAAUAUUGCAUGAGUAAAGAAUUUUCAAUUGAGAUGUAUAACAGCAAAUUUGAUUCUCGUUGGAAUUAACAACAAAUAUAUGCAAAUAAAAACAGUGCAAACCAAUCGUUUACUUUUCAUGCGGAUAUUACAAGAACAAUUUCGUUUGAUUUAAAACUGUAUUUUUAAACUCUCGCAACAAAGUUGCUAAGAGAACAUUAUAGUUUUGUUCACAUAACGGUUGUUUGUAACACCCAAAAUUAAACGUGUUAGAUAUAGGGUUAUGUAUACCACAGUGAUCAGGUAGAGGAGUGGAGUCAAGUCCGGAUGUCUGUCUGUCCGUCCGUCUGUGCAAGCUGUAGCUUGAGUAAAAAUUCAGAUAUUUUGAUGAAACUUGGCACACUUAUUUCUUGGCACCAAAGGUAUGAAGAUGCGCAAAAUCGGACCACUGCCACGCCCACAAAAUGGCGAAAACAGAAAACACAUAAAGUGCCAUAACUAAGCCAUAAAUAAAGCUAUGGAAAUAAAAUUUGGAGAAGUGGGCGUGGCCCCGCCCCCUACUAAUUAUUUUGUACAUAUCUCGUAAACUACUUGAGCUAUAUCAACCAAACCAAACUUAAAGGAUCGUAUCCUUUAGGUACUACCUUAUACAGUCCAAAAAUAGAAGAAGAACUACUAAAAAUGCUUUACUUCAGUAAGGGAAAACAGCAGAAACCUUAAAUUUCAUUAUAAAGAAGGUGCAGAAGGGCUCUACCCAAAUUGGUAUACACAAUGUUAAGCGGGUGUGGCUCCGCCUACUUAUGGGUCAAAAACUAUAUAUCAGAAACUACUCGACCAAUAUCAAUGAAAUUUGGUUUGUAAUAUUUUCCUUGCAUCCCAAUGAUAUGUUGUGAAAAUAGUCCAAUAAAUCAUUAUUGAAAAAGUUUUUAUACCCAAAUGAUUUAUAUAUAAAAGUCCCUCCUAAAUGUCUAAUGAGGAGAUGAAACCAACCAUUCUUGUUUGAACUUUGUAUUCUUUGCAGUAAAACGCGUUUCUUUAGAAAACCGGUGUGCUUCUGUUUAAAUGUAAGUAUCAUUUGGUAAUAAAUUAUACUUUAGUUUAUUAAUUCUAAGACAUUUAAUAAUUAAAUAAUUUAUGGAAUUAGUGUUAUAUUAGAAAUGAAUCUUUCGUAAUAUUUAUAUUAAAAUAUUCAAAGAAUUUCGUGGGUAUGAUUAUAUUUCUAUCAAUGAGUGAAUCUGUAAUUUAAUUUCAAAAUUUAUUAAAGGUUUAUUACUUUUUGUUAAUGUUGUCUAAGCUUACAUAAAUAUAUGUAACAUGUAUGUAUGUAAUACCACCUUAAGUUAUAGUAUAGUGCAUUUAUAAUAGCACUAAAAACUAUAUGUUUCAACUUAAACAUAAAAGCAUAAAGAAUUUCCAAAAAUCAAAAUUAAAUAUUCGAAGUGAAAACGAAAAUGAACGCGUUUGUCAAUUAAAUUUAAGUAAUAUCCGGCAGAAGAUAAUUAGAUUACUUUAAUGGAAAAUUGAGAAAUUCCAAAAAAUUAUGUUCAGAUGCGUCUAAUUUCGUUUAUUGUUUGUCCUUUACGGGUAGCCCAAUAAUUCAUGCUGUUGUUUGAUUCUGUUCGCUAGUCUCACUUUAUGCUUAAAACGAUUGUGUGAAAGUUCCACAUAUUUUUUUACUUGCUUCUCAAAAGCGCAUCGUCCUUCAAACGCGUACAACUC